AUGCCGGCUCCAACAGCUCUUGUAAAACCGGUCGAGGAAUCAUCGGCCGCCCCGCAGUGGUCUGAAGCCACCGAAGAUAUCGUCCUCGAUGCAGAGACACUCUCAACGACCGUUGAGAGUACAGAAAACCCUCUUCAUGAGGACACAGAGAUGCGGAUAGAUGAAGAAGGAAGACCAGUCUUCCAACCUGCGAAGCAGAGUCAAAAAAUCUACAAAAUCGAAACUCGCAAAGUGCCCGUCCCGCCCCACCGCUUCUCCCCUCUCAAAGCCGCCUGGCCCAAGAUCUACCAACCAAUAGUCGAACAUCUCAAAGUCGAUGUGCGAAUGAACCUUGCCAACAAGUGUGUCGAAAUUCGGAAUAACAAGAAAACCGAAGACCCAGGAGCCCUCCAGAAGGCCGCCGAUUUUGUAAAAGUUUUCACACUAGGAUUCGAUAUCGAUGAUGCCAUCGCUUUGUUGAGAUUGGAUGAGCUGUAUACCGAGACAUUCGAGAUUAAAGAUGUGAAGACUCUACAAGGAGAACAUUUGUCGAGAGCUAUUGGACGUAUUGCUGGAAAGGACGGGAAGACACGAUUUGCAAUUGAGAAUGCGACGAAGACCAGAAUCGUGCUAGCGGAUAGUAAGAUUCAUAUUCUGGGCGCUUUCCAGAACAUUAGAAUGGCUAGAGAAGCGGUUGUUAGUUUGAUUUUGGGUGCUCCACCGGGCAAGGUAUAUGGCUCUCUGAGGACUGUGGCCGCCAGACAGAAGGAACGAUUUUAA